AUGACCAAGGAGAUUGCUAAAAUUGAUCAGAACUAUUCCAAUAUUCAUACUAAGGUCAAUAUAUUUGUUGAUGCUUUUAAGAAUAUUGUUGAGCUCUACACGUCUCUUAUCAUCAAAGUCGAUUUCAAGUCUGAGUCUAAUUACAAGCAUUUUGUUAAACUGGAAGAGUUAUUGGGCAAUGUGAAGGGGUUAGUUUCGAAACUCAAUGUUUCUCCUUCAUAUUCGGUUUCUCAAGAAUUGUUGUCCAAAAUGUAUUCUUCGUUGGAAUCCAACCUGAGGUUUGACCUAGCUCCUCUUAUGAAGUUUGUGAAUUUGAUGCCAACAGAUGCCACACCUGUUUUAAUAGGGGUGCAAGGGGGAGAAAAGGGUGUUGGAGCAUCAAAGGAUUCAGAUCAAGGUAAGGUUGUUGGGAAAGUAAUAAGCCCACAAAUUCCAACUUCGUUUCCUUCAUCAACAUCAACAAUUUCAACCACAAUGACUUCGAAGCCAUUAAACAAGGGCGUUGUUAUUGGAUCUUCUAUCAGGGGUUCAAGUUUAAAGCCACCUACAUCAAAGGAAGAAAUGGAAGGAAAAGGGAAGGGUAUCAAGACUGAUCCAACUAAAGAAGAAAAGAAGAUUGCCUUUGAAAAGGAAACUGAAAAACAAAGACAUAUCCAAAGUAUUCUAAGAUAA